CCGGUUGGUGCUCCAAGCACCGGUUCGCCUGCAAGAUUUUGCUCCCGAUCCCUAUUCCCUAAACUCGUAGAGACCAGUGUCCCAGAGUGCCGAAAUAGAGAGCAGCGAUGCGGUCGAAAUCCGAUAAUCCCGUACCUGGCGGCGCCGCAGCGGCCGGCAGUGCGGCUAAUGCAUCGUCGGAUCUGGAAUCUUUCGACCCCGUUUUUCUUCUCCUCCGCUUCCUCCCUUACAGCUUCCUUCGCCCUCCGCGUACCCGCCUUCGCCUCCCCUCCUCCGUGGCUCUCCCUUCCCCGAUGACUGUCUUCUCACUCCUCCUCCUAACCUACUUCGCUGUCGUCUCAGGUCUUGUAUACGAUGUUAUCGUUGAGCCUCCGGGCAUCGGUAGCACUCAGGAUCCCGCUACCGGUACGGUUCGUCCGAUCGUCUUCCUCCCUGGCCGCGUUAAUGGGCAAUACAUUAUCGAGGGUCUCUCUUCCGGCUUUAUGUUCCUCCUCGGCGGGUUCGGUCUUAUUUUUUUGGAUCUAGCUGUAGAUCGUCACCGCGCUCGCAGUGUUCGCCUCUCUUUUGCGCUUUUUGGGAUCUCCGCCGUGUUGAUUGCGUAUGUUAUGAGUAUGCUCUUCAUUCGCAUUAAAAUCCCAGGAUACCUAUGGUGAGGGUCUUUAAUCUGGAGGUUUGUGUUUUUCCUUUGGCUUUCAUGUCUUUCAAGAUAUGUAAUUCGGAACGUUUACAUUUAUGAUGCUUUGUAAUUGGAAACAAGCUGGUUCAUCUCAAUUUGUGGUGAUUUAAUCUGCAUCAAAGCAGGUAGGGUACAAUCUUGAUGAGAUAUUUGUUCAGUAGUAGUUUUUUUGAGUUAAUUGAAUGA